AUGAAAAAACUAUAAUAAAUAGAGAAUAUUAAGCCUGUAAAUAACGAAUUCCGAUUGAGUGAUUUGAAUUAUCUCUUGCAAGGAGGAAGACCAAAAGAGAAGUAUCUAAUGCAUCAAGUGUUUCAACACUUCCAUUAGGAUUCUGAACUUGCCAAAAAAUUAACAAAUCUGCUACUGAAAUUUGAAAACCCAAAUGAGUAUGAUAAGGAGAAAUGGACUCCGUUGCAUCUGGCUGUGAGAUAUAAUUAAAAUAAAGCAGUGAUUUAUGCCUAAUAAAUUGGAUAAUUCGAUUUUCAUGUUCUAUCAGGAUAAUAAGGACUAUCAUUAAUGCAUUUGGCUGUUCUUAAAAGCAAUUACGAAAUCAUAGAAAUCUUGAUUGAAGAGAAAGUUUCUUUAUUCACAGAGAAUGUAGAUGGAGUAUUGCCAAGGAGAUUUGCAUUACAAUCUCCAGUUAAUUUAAAAAUGAUCAAGAAAUACGAGAAUCAAUAAAUAUUGAGAUUUCUAAUUGAUCUUGAAGACAUCGAUGAUGAUGAAUCAACUGAAGCAAACAAAAUUUAAAAUUUGAACGUUUCCCAAUAAUCAAUUAAACAAGGAGAAGCCAAUGAUGUUCUCAUUACUAGACCAAAGGUAUCAUUAACCUACCAUGUGUAAUUAAAACAGUUCAAUCCCAGCUAUUUAUAAUGUGAAAGAUUUUAUGAAAAUGCUUUGAACAUUAUUUUUGAAGCAAACGAUGUACUUAUUUGA